CCGCCGGCAGCAGCAGCACUCGGCUCGCGGCGCUCCGGCCUGCUCGGCUGCGGCUGCACCGCGCACGCUGCGCGGCAGCUCCCUGCUGUAGCGGCGCGGGGGGAGCCGGGCAGCGGUCUGAGAUUCAUACACCCUCUGAGGACCAAUGUACCCAAUAGCUCAUGGAAGAAAAAAAUCAAAUCAGGACAUCCUUGGUUUCCAGGCUACCAAAAUAUGGAACGAAAACUUUAGGAAGCGUAUUGCAACCGACGUCAAAUGGGACAGCUGUUAAUUUAGCAGGGAAUAAUGGUGGCAAAAAUUUCAGCAAGCACAAUGGCACUGUUAACAUGUCUUCCUUCUCUUUCAACUGGAGAAAAUCAAGUAAAUAUCAGCUUCAUGAUCAAAAUGAGAGAGAGACUAACUCUAAACAAAAUUGUAAUGACAAAUUAAUUGAUUCUGAGAAGUAUUCUCAGUCUCAAGGAGCAUUGAGUAAUGAUAUGCUCAGGGUGGGUUUGAACAAUACUGCUUCAGUUGGGUCAAAAACAGCAAAGCAAAACAAUAUGUUUGUAUCUUCUACUGAGGAAUCAAACCCAAAGUCUUUGCCUGGACUGUCUAGUUCAGCAAAAUUCGCCAAAGGUGCCCUGUCAGGAAGGACCUCAUAUUCUGGACUCAGUGCUCCAAAAUCACACUUAAAUGGAUUUUAUGGUAAUCGGCCAAUGGUAGGUUUGCAGAGACCUAGGGCAAAUUCCAAUGCCUCAAGGACAAGUUCAGGAGAAAGCCUUGUACACUCUACAGACAAUAGCAAGUCUUCUUCCUGUGAAAAAAUGGUAAGAUCACAAAGUUUUUCACAUUCCAUUCAGAAUGCUUUCCUCCCCACUGCAUCGUUAACCAGGUCACAUUCCUUUAAUAAAGCUGUGGAUCUUACAAGGCCUUAUCAUAGUCAAAAUCUAGCUGCUAGGACAUCUCAGAGGUCAGCUCUGUGGUCAAGAAAUGCAAGACAGUUGGAUGUACCCAAUGGAAAUGAAUCUGUGAAGUAUGGAUUUACAAGGCCAUACUCUAGUAUAUCAUCUCCUUGCACAAAGAAGUCCUCGCUGUCAAAUGGAUCUGGGUCAGCACCUUCUUUUGGAUACAGAUUAAGUCGGCCUUCUCUGUUGAAGCCUACGGGCCAGCGGUUUGCUGGAAAUAUUAUUGUGGAUGGUGGCAAAAGUACAACUUCUGACACGUAUAUAGUGGAGAACUCUGACAUAUCAACAAAUAUAAAUAGAACAAUUGAGAAAAAUAGCAUUUUGGAGAGUAAUGCUCAAAGAACAGAAUCUGUUGAAGGCCUUCGUGAAAGCAUGGGAAAACAUGGAUCAAGUGUCAUGUGUAUGAGCGAUGAUGGAGACGAAAUAUCUAUAUCUUCUUUGUCGUCCUCUGAAAAAAAUGACUUGAGUGAAGACUUCAGUGAUGAUUUCAUAGAUUUAGAAGAUCCAAAUAAAACAAUACAAGUACAGCAGAAGGAGAGCUGCAUUCAAGAGUUAGAGCACGGGAGCAUAACAUCAAUAGAGCCAUUCGCUUCUCUCAAGGAAAGUGAAGGAUCUUGCUGUAAUGCUGAUGACUGGCUUGAUAUAAAUGUGUCUGCAAUGGAUGACAACAGUGAAAGCACAAAGCACACUGCCGAGAGCGUGAUUUCUCCAGAGAUGAAUUACAGAGCUGGGUCCUCUUUUGAGCUUUCUCCUUCUGAUAGCUCUGAUGGCACGUAUAUGUGGGAUGAAGAGGGACUGGAACCUAUUGGAAGUGUCCAUCCAUGUGGAAGUUAUGAGUCAUCAGAAAUGAACAGCAUAGAUAUCUUGAACAAUCUUGAUUCCUGUGAUCUUGAAGAUGAUGAUCUCAUGCUUGAUGUGGACCUGCCUGAAGACCCACCUCAUGAUAAAGAUGAAUGUGAAAAUAUGAGCCGUUAUGAUAGACAAGACAGAAAUGCUAGGCAACAUCAGGAAGGAUUCUGGAAAAGAGCACCACAGCAGCGGUGGAAUGCACAAGAUCACUAUCAUCUUGGUCAUACUGAGCACUAUAUUCAUGGUAAAAAUGAUUUGAACAGGGAAUCAAACUACCUAGAGUCUUCUGUUGGUCGCUUUGAAAGCUAUGGCACACCAAAUUUUUACCAGGCUCCUAGACAGCUGGUGAGCUUACCGGAGAAUACUGUGAUGCUGGAUGAGAUGACACUUCGGCACAUGGUCCAGGACUGCACAGCUGUGAAAACUCAGUUAUUGAAACUGAAGAGAUUACUGCACCAGAAUGAUGAGAAUGUGUCGCUCCAGGACAUCUCACAUUCGAUACCAUCAAGUCCAGAACCACAAGAACCUGAGUCAACUUAUUUUAAGACAGAAGACUUAUUGAAUGAGAUCAGGCAGCUUAAAGAUGAACUGAAGAAGAAGGAUGAAACAAUCAACCAAUUAGAGCAUCAACUGGCCAGUAGAUGUAAUUGCCAGAAGGAGAGCCAAAAACCCACAGUGGCAAAGUGCGCGUAUGCUGAUAAAUUCACACAAACUUCCUGGAGGAGGAGUUCUCCUCAAGUACUACAGCCUUCCAGCAGCCUUCCCAGUUCCACAGACCUCGUCCAGGGAAAACUAAUAAAAAUGCCACAUAUCGAGGCCCCCAGUGAAUAUUCUAAACAUGGUGUGCAUGAAAAUGGCAAUCAUCAGAAUCAAAAUGCUGCAAAUAUAUCUCUGAGAAAUAGCCUGAAUAACGUAAACACUUCAGUGAACACACAAUUAAGCAUAAAAGAUGAGAAUACGUUGCAUUUGGAAAAUGUGAAAAAUAAAUAUACUGAAGAUCCUGGGGAGGUGGCUAGUGAUAAAAAAGGUAUGUUACUAUCAUGUUCUCGUCUUCAGACCUCUACACGAAUUGAUGCUAGAGAGGUGCGGACUGAGGUAGCCGUGAAAGGUCAAUCCUCGUUCAUGUACCAGGCUUCUCGGCCAAAGACUUCAAGAAUUGCAAAGCCCCCAACUGCUUUAGUGCCUCCUACAAUGGCCGUACUCGCAAGGUCUGCAAAUCAUUCCUCUGCUUCCAAGGAACCUGAGCUUCUACCAUCAAGUAGUUCGACUCAACUACAGCCAACGUCUGGUCCAGAGGACCUGAAGGGUAAACAGAGUCAGAAAGCGUCCAAACUUCGCCCACCAACUAUAUCCUUUGUUAAAUCUAAGCAAGUGAGCAAUCAGAAAUCCACGUCGGUGUCUCAAGAGCCUCAAAGCACCAGUCUGAAAACUAACAUCCCAAAGCCACAAGUGCAGAGAAAGGAAAAUGUGCAAACACAGAACACCGCUUUGCAUUCUGGGGACAGUUUGCCCUCUAGUCGGCAGUCCCGCCUCCCUAAGCCAAAGACACAUUGAGGACAUACCUACGUCUCGUUGGGUGAUGUCACAUGUUAAAUUGCUUCCUCUGUAUUGACGGCCAUUGAGGCUGUUUCAUCUACAGCCUGAGUGAAUAGCAAAAAGAGCGUUUUCCUUUAGUGUUUGCAUAUUCUGUUUUUUUGUUCUGAAGCUCACGUUACGAGCUGUGCAGCAGUUCUUGAGAGUGUUAAAUUAUAUUGUAAUUCUGUAUUAAUUGUAUUGCACAGUGAUCUCGGUACUGAAGCCUGGUGGCCGUGAAUACCAGAAUGCUGCACUAUGUAUUCCAGGAGGGCAGAAAUGAUAUCUUACCUCUGUUAACUUGAGUAAUUAGACAAUGAAAUUACUAUUCAGUUAAACUUCUUGGUUCUUAUUCAGUUUAACUACUUGGUUCUGAGGACUCGUUAGGUUAGAGUGGUAGAAAGUUAGAAUUAUUAGCAGAUGUUUUAUUGGCCAUAAUUCUGACUCUGUAUUUCAGAGGCCUAUGCAAAAAUCCUCGUAUUUAUCAUUAUCUGAAGACUGACAUAUUUAAUGUUAUUUAAUCGGAUGGGUUGAGUGGUUUGUGUUGUUUUUGCUGUAAUCUGAAGUUGCUCUGUUCUUUAUUUAUCUAGUUUUCACUCUUCACAGACAACAGGUUUCACAUGGUGAAAUGGAUCUUCUCUCUUAAACAGCAUCAUUUGUUAAGAUAUUGUGGUAUGUUUUUAUUGUGUAAUAGGCACAUUACUGGGUAGAUUCUCAAAAUGUAGUGCUAAGGAUAUUUGUGCAAAACCUUGCAAUGCAGGCUCUUAUGAAUUGGUAAGUAAGGAGCCCAGGGGAAUUAGGGGUCCAUAACACCUAUGUUGAGGUUGCACAACAGGCAUUUUAAUGGAUAUAUUUUAACUUUUAUUGUACUGUUUGUAUUUAUUGAUUUCUGUUUAAUAUUGAAAGACUCUGAAGUACCUGACUUGAAACGUUUGCACAAAUUUUGCCAUAUGUGUAAGGAUUUGAAACUAUUUUACGUAAUAAAACUUGUAUUAAAAAAGCAACUAUUUUUAAAUAAUAAUAAAUUAACCCAAUUUAUUUGUCCUUAUCGAGAGCUGGUACUCUAAGAGUUUUUCAGAGAUGUGCAUUUUGUUUUGGGAGUUUUUCUGUAAAUUUUUUUUUUCUGUAAUUACUCAAGAAGUGCAUGAUAACUGGCAAGGAGCAUUUGGGGGGAAAUAAAAAAGGAAAAUCAACAUUCUUCGGCUUUAUAGGGUAAGUUUUUUUUUUUUUUUUUUUUUUGUUAUUUUUUUUUUAAAGUGAUGUGGAAAUGUGCCCAUCAUGGUGCAACUUGGGACCAUAACACAUGAGCUGUGAGUUGAAUAUAUGCAUAUCCAGUCACGUGUUCUGGAAACUUAAUGUGAUGUCCCAUCUGCUUUUCUCCUCUUUCCCUUCACUGAAUAGUAGAUGUUAAUGUUUUGGGGUUGGUUUUUUUUUUUUCUAUUCUUGAGUUGUUUUUAAGAUAAGCAGCAGAAGGCUGUUACAGUUCACUUAAGAUCUGUUUGUGUACAGCAUAUGAUGACAGAAAAAUGAAAUAUAGUAAAAGUUUGUUCUAGGCUUUGGCCUUAGGACAUUGGCAUAUUGCAGUAUUUUCUUUGAGAAAAUGAAGUGAAUGGGCAUAGACAUUUCAUAAAUAUUUUCCACAAUUACGUUGUGUUAUAUCAACCCUUCAACUCAGGAUAUCCUUAUGGAUACCUUGGUUGGAUGGGUAAAUGAAGAAAAUGCAUGCAAUUUGAAUUUCUUGGUACAUAAUGAGUGUCCCCCAAAGGUUUGGAUUCAUCGUGCUGUAAAUUCUUCUAACUGUCAAAGUAUAGAAAAAUGAGAGGUUUGGAGGAGGAAGGAGUUAGGGGUGGCUUACAUUCCAGAACUGCUUCUAAGAAUCUGAAGUAAGAGGCCUACAGGACUUCCUGGUAAUUGAAGGGGCUGUGUUGAGGAUAAUGUAACCUAGAAGGAAUGAGUAACAGUAAGUGCUGUAGUUGAUACAAGAUGAAAAUAGAUGCAACUCAAGAUGGCUGUUACAAAUACUCUCCAGGGGGAAAAAAAAAAAGUUGCGGAGCAUAGAAUUAGAUGGCCUUCAGUGUAAACGUGUACUUUUGAUAAUGAUUUUUUGAAUAUUUCCCAAAUGAGCUCCUGGCAGCUAACUUUGUUACUCAAGAGUUGAAAAACUGCCAAGGGAAUGGUCAGGUUCCCAGUUUGUUUUCUGGUCCGUAUAGAUUUCUGCAGAAGGUUUUUAUGUUCACUUUCCUUGAAGAGAGGCUGAUUUUAUUUUUGGUUGUAUGUGUUUUUAUGUAAAAUAAUAAUAAUAAUAAUAAUAAUUCUUUUCACUUAAUCCAACUGAUGGAUAUUUCACCAUGAAUUUUGUUGCUUUUUAUUCUGGAAUUGUCACCAGUCUGGUUUAGUGAUGUUAAAGUUUGUAUGUUUACAUUUAAAAGAACAGACAUCCAUCUGACUGCACCUUUACUGAAAACUUGGGAACGAAGCAGAGAGAUUACUAGGAUUUUUGGAAUACAGAAGGUGGCUCUUCAUUUUAUUUUUAGAAUAACAAAAAUACAUUAUUCGGUGGCUUUUCUUCCCUGUUAAAGGGGCGUAAAUUGAUUAUACUUUUUGAUGUUAAUAAAUAGCACUUCUCCUUUUUGUUCUGUUGAAGAUUAGAGAGACAUUGAGCUGGAGAUACUGGGAUUUGCUCACGGAUGAGACAGGUGCUAGUCUGAAUUGUUUGUAUUCAGCUGCUAACCUCACAUCCCUGUAAAGUAAUUUAGGUCUUCUGACUUUCCCAGGAAAGGCUCUGUUGCAUGUAUAGUAAGUCCAGAGUAUGAGCAAAGCCUGUCAGCAGAUAGGCGAGGGGGAAGAGUAGCAGUGAAGUGAAGUUUGAAGGCUCACUUCGGUGAAGGAUAGGAGUUGGGGGGGAGACAGGUAAGAGGGUGUUUGUACAGCUUGUAGAAUGGGAUUAAGUAAGUAUUUUCGGGUAAUUUAUCUACCUUAUGGAAGGUGCAGAUAUAUAAUCAGUACUUGUGCAGAUUGUUCUAAAUGCAUAAAUUAUUUUAUAUCUUUAAAUUUUUGGGUUUUUUUAGAUUAUUGCAUUUUUUUAAUGUCUUAUUCUUUUGUGCAGUAUUCACAGAAGUAUUAGAACUACUGUUCAGUAUGUGUGUACAGAGGCAAUUACAUGUUUUAACAAGUGAAUAGACACAAAAGAAAAAACAGAAUUGCACUUUAAAUGAGCUUUAUUGCUUGGAGUUGUGCCUAAAAUAAUCUAGAUGCCUCCUGCUGUGUAUGGCUUUUGUUUGAAACUAAUUUCCCUGCUAGUAUUACUGUUUCCAAGAUAUCUUCACAUCACUUUCACAAAAUUGAUAUGCACUCUAGCAUGUUUGAAAAUAGUCAUGUAGUGUACUGAGUUUUUGUUGUGCAAUGGCUUUAAAUUUUCUGUGGAGUUUUAACACUGCUGAAGCAGCCAGUUACCUUCCGCUUCCCUGAAGCCAACACUUCAUUUUGCCAAUCUAGGCCAAAGGCAGCAUUUUCUUAGGACUAGCAUAGCCCUUCAAAAAAAUUAUGAUCCCAGCAUAUCUUUUUGCUGGGGAGAAAAAAAAAGUGCAAUACUGACUGUUAGAAUUCCUGCAAAUAAUCACAAAAGCCCAGAAAAUCCUAAAUUGCACUGAAUUUUUCAUGUAGUUCUGAGAAAGGUGGGUUCUUUAGACUCACUGCUGUGAGAGUCGAAGUUAGACGUAGCAGCUAGACUGCACCAUAGCUCAGUAAGAUUUAAUUCAUCCUCGAUCUAAAUGCCCAUGUGUUGUAAUGAUGCUGGAAAACUGGUUACCAUUUGCGUGAUUUACUUUGUUUGCAUGUCACAACCAUAUGCACAUCCUAUUCUAAAAUGUCAUAUUGGGUAGGUUGCAUGUUGGGGGGGGAGAAGUAUUUGUUUUUGCACAGCACAUAAUCCUCUUAUUGUGGACAUUUUCUUGCCAUUCAUAAUGGCAUUCUGUUCUUGAAUUGGGCUUCCGUAACUAUUCCUUAUCUUGUUAUAGUGGCUUUUUCUGAGCAGAGUGGAUUUAGUACAUGAUUCUGGUGGUAGGCCUCAGUAUAGUAAUCUUAACAACACUAUUGAGGAAAUUCAGUCACUGUUGUGGGAAAGCUUCUAGCUGCCUACUCAACUAUAAAAGCAUCAUAAUAAAAAACAGUAUAAUUCCAGUGUCGAUGAAAUCUUAAAUUCAGUACUAGCUAAAACAAGAGGUACCCUUGCUUGGUUGGUUUUGUUGGUUUUCUUUUUUUUUUUUUUUUUUUUUUUUUUUUUUUUUUUACCCAGGCCAGAGUAAAUAUUGUAUAUUGGGAUUUGCUUGUAAAGUUGAUUUAAAACCCUGUAUGUAAAAAUUCCUUCCUCAAUGUUGCUCUAGUGAAUAAAAAUAAAAGUCAUAAUUCUAAUCAGU